AUGUCAAACUCUUUAAGUUCUUUACUAACAAUAAUUGAGUCUGUGGAUUCGUUUCCUUACAUCGAAAACCCAUAUUACUGGAAGUUUCGUUCUCAUGAUGGUGCUUUGUUAGGUUACAUCACUCCGGAAAUAGCCUCAAGGUUCAUUGAUCUGCCUCAUUCAAAAUACUUUGAAGUCGACAAACUCAAGAAGGAAGUCACUAUCGCAGGAGCCUUAAAUGACUUUGAAGAAAGAAACAAGGUCUUUGCUGAAAUCGCUUCGGAUUGGAGGAAAUCCGACGAUUUGCUCAACAAAGGAUGGAGGGACGAGUUGUACACCGUUUAUUACCCUAGGACUAAACCAUAUAUGCUACUUGAGAGAGCAUUUUCAUGUCUUUUAGGAGUGGUAACGUACGGUGUGCACAUCAACGGGUACAUUCCAGCAGAAAAGACCAAAGACAAGGUUCUUAAGAUGUGGAUUCCCCGUCGAUCACCCACAAAAGCAACAUAUCCCGGAAAACUUGAUAAUACGAUUGCCGGGGGUCUAGGAUAUCCGUAUGGGCUCUGGGAGAAUGUCGUUAAGGAAUGUUACGAGGAAGGCGGCCUAGAUGCUGACUUCGUGACCAAAAACAUCACUGCGACCGGCGCUGUCACCUACAUUUGCCAACCAUACGGUCCCGAAGGGCAUGCACAACCAGAAAUAGAGUAUACUUACGAUUUGGUCUUCGAGUCCGAGAUUGACAAUAUCCCACAUCCUGUAGAUGGAGAAGCGGAGAACUUUACUCUUAUGACAGUGGAAGAAGUCAAACAACGAAUGAUCAAUGGAGAAUUCAAGCCAAAUUGUGCAUUGGUGAUCUGUGAUUUUCUCAUUCGCCAUGGUAUCAUCACCGCCGAGAACGAACCAAACUACCUAGAGGUUCUUUCUCGUCUUCAUAGACGAUUUCCUUUUGCCACAAGAAACUAA